AUGACGGAAUCCCAUAUCCUUGACAACUUUCUUGCAAAUAAUCCCGAGGUCAAUUUCAUACAACUUCGAUGGAUGAGCUUAUCAGCGAUAUUACACACUAAAUUCGUCACCACUUCCGGUGCCAGAGAUAUAGUUUCCGGGGAGCGACAAUACUGCACUAACCAGUCUGGUAUGGUUAUGCCUAUCGCAACAGCGCCGCAAUGCGAUAUUGUCAGAGUGAUGCGAUGCCCCAUUGAGCCAGACUGGAAAUCUUUGCGACUGUGUACUUUUACACCAGGACACGCCUCGGUAAUGUGUUCAAUAGCCAGUGAAGGGGAAGAGGAUCGUUAUUUACAAUGUCCCCGACAGCUCCUGGAAGAAACGGUGGAAAUGAUUGAAGAACAUUCCCAGACGAGCUUUCUCAUUGGGUUUGAAAUCGAAUUCACACUUCUCGAUGCUGCUUUUGAGCCCGCUCAAUCAAUCGACCAAGUUGUAAGCUACUGUAUGCACUCCGGACUUCGCUGCAACACUCUCAAAAUCAUGGAGGAAAUUUGUUACGCCCUCGAGAAAGCGAAUAUUGAAGUCUAUCACUUUCAUACGGAGGAUCCUCACCAGCUUGAAAUCGCGCUAAAGGAGAAAGCUCCAAUGGAGGCAAUUGAUGACAUGGUAUUUGCGUGCGAAGCAAUACGUUCUAUUGCAGCCCAGCACGACUUGAAGGCAACCAUUACUCCUAAACCUUUGUCAGACGCCAGCGUAACGAAUGGAAUCCAUAUGCAUGUCUCGUCCCACGAUGUUGAGAACGCAGAUAGCUUUCUGGCAGGCAUUACGGACAAGCUACGCACAAUGACUGUUUUUGGAAUAGCGAACUACGAUGGCUUUGAGAGAGUCAAAGAUGGAAAAGCUGGGCAGCGUGUGGGCUGGGGUACAGAGCACAGGGAUUUGCCUAUCAGACGAAUCAAAGGCUCGCAUUGGGAAAUACGAUGCGCAGAUGUGACGGCAAACUUUUAUCUUUUCCUUGCUACCCUUUUAAGGGCUGGCAUGGAUGGAGUGAAUAAUAGCAAACUAUUGGUGCAGAAGGAUGUUACUAAGUUGUCGAAGGAUAUUACGGAAGCUGCAUGGAGACACGAAUACGGGGUGACUGAACGCUUGCCCAGGAGCCUGCAGGAAGCAAUUGAUGCAGCUAAGUCUGAUGCUGAUAUUGCGAAGUGGAUUGGUCGGUAUAUGUUUGAUCUAUAUCUCAGCAUUAAGGAAGUAGAGGUAGAAUCUUUCAAGGGUUUGAUACCCGAGAAGCGACGCCAUAGGUUUGUUAGAUUCUUUUAG